ACUCUGCUCAGCCCAGAGGAGCAGCUACACAGGGAAAAAAAUAAGUUAAAAUCAACUCAGCAGAGAAGAGGGAGGGAGAAAGAACGGGUGGGGGGAAAGAAAACGCCCUGGAAACUUUGCUUGAUCGAAAAGUUGGAGAAGUCAUAGAAUUUCGUCAGACAAAGUUGAGAAGCGCUCUUCUUGGACUGAGGAGAAGGGAAAGACGACAGCGUUUUCAAGGAUGCUCAAGCUUGUGUGAGGCUUCUCGGGCGCAACGUGUGCGCACAGAAGUCAAGAAAACAAGAACCAACGCAUCGGACUGAAGCCCUUGGCCUCGCUUGAGCGAUCCAAGGAAACCAAGAGGGUGACGUUCUUUCCCACCAGGGCUUGAGUGCACAAGAAACAAAACAAGAUGGCGGAUGAAGAGGAAACAAGGGAAGUGCUCUUUCCGGACUGGGAGGGUCCAGAUAAAACUGGCCUGACGAUUGAACAGACAAGUGAAGGAGAGAUCUUUGUAAAAGAAGUGAAAGGAGAGUCACCAGCAGCACGAUCUGGAAAAGUCUAUGAAGGUGACCAGAUUGUGGGUGCAACAAUCUAUUUUGACAAAAUGAGCUCAGAAGAAACAUCUGAGCUGCUGAAGACACUGAACCGUCACAAGGUUGGAUUGAAACUACAAAAUAAAGACAAAUCCCCAUGCUGCUCUCCCCUGAGCACACCGUGUCGUUCUCCAUUGGGUACUUUGACAUGGGAGGGGAAGUUAGGAAGCACCAGUCCAGACAUCCUCCUCAGUGGGGAUGAUGAGGACUACAAAAGGAUUUACACAAGGAAGAUCAAACCAAGACUCAAGUCUGAAGACCUUGCCGAAGGAGUAGAUGUGCGCACGGAGCGGCAUAGCAGCACAAGUAGCGAUGGCAGCACAAUUACAACUGUAACCCGUCGCAUCACCACCUACACCGUGGAUAUGCCGAGUGGCAUGAGUGAGCAACUUGAGCUUUCAAGCUCAGAUUUCAAGGGGCAAAAUCCAGAUGCAGAGGAUGGCUCAGUUGGAAUAAAAAUCUCACAUGGCAGCCCUUCGGGUAAAGUGGGAGCUGAAGGAGGAGUUUUUGACUUGGGCAAUGUCUCUUACAAGCUAAGAGAAAGUUCAAACACUGGUAGUAGGCAUGUUUCAAUGGGAGGGACAGGAGGUAGCAAAGAAUUUACAACAGAUAAUGACAACGAAGGGUCAAUUUGUGUGUCUGUACCAGGAAAAGGAAAGCAGAUUUUUGUGACAUCCAUAGAUAAAAUACAAGAGGGUGAAGGAACAAAGGUAAAGUUACCUGAAAUUACCAUUAGUGACAAACAUGCAAAGGAAUCCAGCUCCAUUCAUAUUCCAAAGAUCUCCCUGAGUGGAGGUUUUACAGAUGCUGAAAGUGAAUUGAAAGGUCCUUCUGCAAAUACUAACAUCAGCAUUCAAACAAAAAAGUAUCAUGUUCACAGUCCAACUCUUAAGCAGAACGAAGGGGAUUUCAAAAUGCCUCAAAUAAAUAUAACAUCACAUGUAACAGAAGGUUCAAAGUUUGAUGUGAAAACUCGGGAAAUUGAGAUUAAUCAGACAAGUCCACAAAUAAAAGGAAAAGUGAACGUGUCAACCCCAAAGAUGGAUGGGAAUGGAAAAAUACAAGAUGUGGUAAUCCAGAGUCCUGAGAUAAACACUCAAGAACUAAAGGGCACAAAGAUUAGUAAAAAUAUUCCCAAAUCUGACAUAUCAGGCCCGAGUAUUACAAUGCCAAACGUGCAAUUAAAUAUUAAAGGCCCACAAAUCAAAGGAGACAAAGAUCUGUCAUUACAGAGUCUUGAACAAAAUAUGAAAGCCAAAGAGCAGGACCCUGACAUUGACAUAAACUUGAGAAAGACUGGUAUAGAUGUCAAGAUUCCUGAGAAGGACGUUCAAGGCCCAGAUUUCACAGCACCAAAAAUUUCAGGUCCACAUAUCUCCAUUCCAGAUUUGACUCUUAAAGGCUCUAAAGUUAUAGGUACAGAUGGAGAAAUUAAAGCACCUAAAAUUGCUAUCAAAGACCCAAAAGUUGAUAUUAAGGUUUCUCCAGGUGGCAAAGGUCCAAAGCUGGAGGCUCCUAAUGUUGACAUAAACCUCCCCAAUGCCAAUAUUGAUGUCAAUGUCCCUGAAGUUGAUGUCAAUCUCUCAAAAACUGAUGUACGCAUCAAGGGUCCAGAUCUCGAUGUUGAAGUACCAGAUGUUGACAUUGGCAGUCCAAGUUGGAACAUCAAGGGACCUAAAGUGAAGAUGCCAAAAAUCUCAGGCACGAAUAUCAACAUGCCGAAAUUGGAUUUAGAUGUAAAAUGUCCUCAGGUCAAAGGUGACGUUAAUAUUUCAGGACCAAAUAUUGAUGGAGGGAUUGAAUUACCGAAAGGAGACAUUAAAGGCCCCAAAAUUGACAUUAAGGGUCCCAAGACUGGAUUUGAAAUGCCAAAAAUUGGUAUGUCGAAAUUUGACAUUAAAGGUCCCAAACUGGAGGGUUCUGAUGUUGACGUCGACCUACCCAAGACCAAUAUUGACAUUAGGGUCCCGAAAUGUGAUGUCAAUAUCCCAAAAACUGAUGUAGACAUCAAGGGUCAAGUAGCAGAUGUUGAUAUUAGCAGUCCAGGUUGGAACAUCAAGGGACCUAAAGUGAAGACGCCAAAAAUCUCAGGCCCGAAUAUAAACGUGCCAAAUCUGGAUUUACAUGUUAAAGGUCCUCACAUGAAGGGUGACAUUGAUGUUUCACUACCAAAUAUUGAGGGAAAUUUUGAAUUGCCGGAAGGUGACAUUAAAGGCCCCAAAGUUGACAUUAAGGGCCACAAAACUGGAUUUGAAAUGCCAAGAAUACGAAUGCCAGAAUUUGGCUCUAAAGGUCCAAAGCUGGAGGGUCCUGAUGUUGAUAUCAACCUUCCCAAGGCCAAUAUUGAUGUAAAGGUCCCUAACCUUGAUGUCAGUCUCCCCAAAGCUGACAUUGACAUCAAGGGGCCAGAUGUAGAUGUUGAAGUACCAAAUGUGGACAUUGGCAGUCCCGGUUGGACAAUCAAGGGACCAAGAAUGAAGAUGCCAAAAAUCUCAGGCCCAAAUAUCAGUAUGCCAAAUUUGGAUUUCAAAGUGAAAGGACCUAAAGUCAAAGGAGAUGUUGAUGUUUCAGUACCAAAUAUUGAGGGAGGUAUUGAAUUGCCGGAAGGAGACAUUAAAGGUCCCAAAGUUUACAUUGAGGGCCCAAAGAAUGGAUUUGAAAUGCCGAAAAUCAGCAUGCCGGAAAUUGACGUCAAAGGCAAAAAAAUAGACAUUAAGGGCCCUAAAACUGGAUUUGAAAUGCCAAAAAUAAGUAUGCCAGAAAUUGGUUUUAAAGGUGGGUUGGAGGGUCCCGACGUUGACAUCGGCCUUCCCAAGACUAAUAUUGACAUAAAGGUCCCUGAUGUCGAUGUCAGUCUCCCCAAAACAGACGUAGAAAUCUCGGCUCCAGAUCUCAAUGUUAAAGUACCAGACGUUGACAUUGGCAGUCCAGGUUGGAACAUCAAGGGACCUAAAGUAAAGAUACCAAAAAUCUCAGGCCCAAACAUCACCAUGCCAAGUCUAGCUCUUAAUAUGAAAGGUCCUGAAGUUAAAGGUGAUGUUGAUGUUUCAGUACCAAAUAUUGAGGGAAAUAUUGAAUUGCCGGAAGGAGACAUAAAAGGCCCCAAAGUUGACAUUAAAGGCCCCAAAACUGGAUUUGAAAUGCCAAAAAUCAGCAUGCCAAAGUUUGGCUUCAAAGGUAACAAAUUUGAGGGUCCUGAUGUUGACGUAAACCUUCCAAAGGCUAAUCUUGAAGUUGAAAUACCUGAGGUUGAACUCAAGAGCACAGAAUUUGAUGUAAAUCUCCCCAAAGCGGAUUUGGAUAUCAAAGAUUUAGGCCCUAAAGUCAAAGGUGAUGUUGCAGUACCAAAUAUUGAGGGAGGUAUUGAAUUGCCGGAAGGAGACAUUAAAGGCCCCAAAAUUGACAUUAAGGGCCCCAAAACUGGAUUUACAAUGCCCAAAAUACAAAUGCCAGAAUUUGGCUUCAAAGGUCCAAAACUGGAGGGUCCUGACAUUGACAUCAACCUUCCCAAGGCCAAUAUUGAUGUCAGUGUCCCUGAAGUUGAUGUCAGUCUCCCCAGAGCAGACCUAGACAUCAAGGGGCCUGAUGUAGAUGUUGAAGUACCAGAUGUGGACAUUGGCAGUCCCAGUUGGAAGAUCAAGGGACCAAAAAUGAAGAUGCCCAAAAUUUCAGGCCCAAAUAUCAACAUGCCUGAAGUUGAUUUCCAUCUGAAAGGCCCUAAAGUCAAAGGUGAUGUUGCAGUACCAAAUAUUGAGGGAGGUAUUGAAUUGCCGGAAGGAGACAUUAAAGGCCCCAAAAUUGACAUUAAGGGCCCCAAAACUGGAUUUACAAUGCCCAAAAUACAAAUGCCAGAAUUUGGCUUCAAAGGUCCAAAACUGGAGGGUCCUGACAUUGACAUCAACCUUCCCAAGGCCAAUAUGGAUGUCAGUGUCCCUGAAGUUGAUGUCAGUCUCCCCAGAGCUGACCUAGACAUCAAGGGGCCUGAUGUAGAUGUUGAAGUACCAGAUGUGGACAUUGGCAGUCCCGGUUGGAAGAUCAAGGGACCAAAAAUGAAGAUGCCCAAAAUUUCAGGCCCAAAUAUCAACAUGCCUGAAGUUGAUUUCCAUCUGAAAGGCCCUAAAGUCAAAGGUGAUGUUGAUGUUUCAGUACCAAAUAUUGAGGGAGGUAUUGAAUUGCCAGAAGGGGACAUUAAAGGCCCCAAAAUUGACAUUAAGGGCCCCAAAACUGGAUUUGAAAUGCCAAAAAUACGAAUGCCGGAUUUCGGCUUUAAAGGUCCAAAACUGGAUGGUCCUGACAUUGACGUCAAACUUCCCAAGGCCAAUAUUGAUGGCAAAGUCUCUAAUGUUGAUGUCAGUCUCCCCAAAGCUGACAUUGACAUCAAGGGGCCAGAUGUAGAUGUUGAACUGCCAGAUGUGGACUUUGACAGUCCUGGUUGGAAGAUCAAGGGACCAAAAAUGAAGAUGCCCAAAAUCUCAGGCCCAAAUAUCAAUAUGCCAAAUUUGGAUUUCAAAAUGAAAGGACCUAAAGUCAAAGGUGACGUUGAUGUUUCAGUACCAAAUAUUGAGGGAGGUAUUGAAUUGCCAGAAGGCGACAUCAAAGGCCCCAAAAUUGACAUUAAGGGCCCCAAAAGUGGAUUUACAAUGCCAAAAAUACAAAUGCCAGAAUUUGGCUUCAAAGGUCCAAAACUGGAGGGUCAUGACAUUGACAUCAACCUUCCCAAGGGCAAUAUGGAUGUCAGCAUCCCUGAUGUUGAUGUCAGUCUCCCCAAAGCUGACCUAGACAUCAAGGGGCCAGAUGUAGAUGUUGAAGUACCAGAUGUGGACAUUGGCAGUCCCGGUUGGAAGAUCAAGGGACCAAAAAUGAAGAUGCCCAAAAUCUCAGGCCCUAAUAUCAACAUGCCUGAAGUGGAUUUUCAUCUGAAAGGCCCUAAAGUCAAAGGUGAUGUUUCAGUCCCAAAUAUUGAGGGAGGUAUUGAAUUGCCGGAAGGAGACAUUAAAGGCCCCAAAGUCGACAUUAAGGGCCCCAAAACUGGAUUUGAAAUGCCCAAAAUGCGAAUCCCAGAAUUUGGCUUUAAAGGUCCCAAACUGGAGGGUCCUGACGUUGAUAUCAACCUUCCCAAGGCCAAUAUUGAAGUCAGCGUCCCUGAUGUUGAAGUCAGUCUCCCCAAAGCCGACGUAGACAUCAAGGGGCCAAACGUAGAUGUUGAAGUACCAGAUGUGGACAUUGGCAGUCCCGGUUGGAAGAUCAAAGGACCAAAAAUGAAGAUGCCCAAAAUCUCAGGCCCAAAUAUUAAUCUGCCAAAUUUGGAUUUCAAAAUGAAAGGACCGAAAGUGAAAAGUGACGUUGAUGUUUCAGUACCAAGUAUUGAGGGAGGUAUUGAAUUGCCAGAAGGAGACAUCAAAGGCCCCAAAAUUGACAUUAAGGGCCCCAAAACUGGAUUUACAAUGCCCAAAAUACAAAUGCCAGAAUUUGGCUUCAAAGGUCCAAAACUGGAGGGUCCUGACAUUGACAUCAACCUUCCCAAGGCCAAUAUUGAUGUCAGCGUCCCUGAUGUUGAUGUCAGUCUCCCCAAAGCUGAUCUAGACAUCAAGGGGCCAGAUGUAGAUGUUGAAGUACCAGAUGCUGACAUUGGCAGUCCCGGUUGGAAGAUCAAGGGACCAAAAAUGAAGAUGCCCAAAAUCUCAGGCCCUAAUAUCAACAUGCCUGAAGUGGAUUUUCAUCUGAAAGGCCCUAAAGUCAAAGGUGAUGUUUCAGUACCAAAUAUUGAGGGAGGUAUUGAAUUGCCGGAAGGAGACAUUAAAGGCCCCAAAGUCGACAUUAAGGGCCCCAAAACUGGAUUUGAAAUGCCCAAAAUGCGAAUGCCAGAAUUUGGCUUUAAAGGUCCGAAACUGGAGGGUCCUGACGUUGAUAUCAACCUUCCCAAGGCCAAUAUUGAUGUCAGUGUCCCUGAUGUUGAUGUCAGUCUCCCCAAAGCCGAUGUAGACAUCAAGGGGCCAAACGUAGAUGUUGAAGUACCAGAUGUGGACUUUGGCAGUCCCGGUUGGAAGAUCAAAGGACCAAAAAUGAGGAUGCCCAAAAUCUCAGGCCCAAAUAUUAAUCUGCCAAAUUUGGAUUUCAAAAUGAAAGGACCGAAAGUGAAAAGUGACGUUGAUGUUUCAGUACCAAGUAUUGAGGGAGGUAUUGAAUUGCCAGAAGGAGACAUCAAAGGCCCCAAAAUUGACAUUAAGGGCCCCAAAACUGGAUUUACAAUGCCCAAAAUACAAAUGCCAGAAUUUGGCUUCAAAGGUCCAAAACUGGAGGGUCCUGACAUUGACAUCAACCUUCCCAAGGCCAAUAUUGAUGUCAGGGUCCCUGAAGUUGAUGUCAGUCUCCCCAGAGCUGACCUAGACAUCAAGGGGCCUGAUGUAGGUGUUGAAGUACCAGCUGUGGACAUUGGCAGUCCCGGUUGGAAGAUCAAGGGACCAAAAAUGAAAAUGCCAAAAAUCUCAGGCCCAAAUAUCAACAUGCCAAAUUUGGAUUUUAACAUGAAAGGACCUAAAGUCAAAGGUGAUGUUGAUGUUUCAGUACCAAAUAUUGAGGGAGGUAUUAAAUUGCCGGAAGGAGAUAUUAAAGGCCCGAAAGUUGACAUAAAAGGCCCUAAAACUGGAUUUGAAAUGCCCAAAAUACAAAUGCCAGAAUUUGGGUUUAAAGGUCCAAAAUUGGAGGGACCUGACGUUGACAUCAACCUUCCCAAGGCCAAUAUUGAUGUAAAGGUCCCUAACAUUGAUGUGAGUCUCCCCAAAGCUGACAUUGACAUCAAGGGGCCAGAUCUAGACGUCGACGUACCAGAUGUGGACAUUGGAAGUCCUGGUUGGAAGAUCAAGGGACCAAAAAUGAAGAUGCCCAAAAUCUCAGGCCCAAAUAUACACAUGCCUGAAGUAGAUUUCCAUCUGAAAGGCCCUAAAGUCAAAGGUGAUGUUGAUGUUUCAGCACCAAAUAUUGAGGGGGGUAUUGAAAUGCCGGAGGGAGACAUCAAAGGCCCCAAAAUUGACUUUAAGGGCCCCAAGACUGGAUUUGAAAUGCCAAAAAUCAGUAUGCCCAAAUUUGGCUUCAAAGGUAACAAAUUUGAGGGUCCUGAUGUUGACGUAAACCUUCCAAAGGCUAAUCUUGAAGUUGAAAUACCUGAGGUUGAACUCAAGAGCACAGAAUUUGAUGUAAAUCUCCCCAAAGCGGAUUUGGAUAUCAAAGAUUUAAAUGUGGACAUCAAAGGACCUGAUUUUGAAAUGAACAGCCCGAGUGGAAAGAUAAAGGGACCGAAAUUCAAAAUGCCAAGCAUCUCCAUGCCUGAUGUGGAUUUCCAUUUGAAAGGCUCUAAACUCAAAGGCGAUAUUGCAAAUGUUGGAGAUAUUAAAGCUCCAGUAGUCGAUAUAAAACCCCUGAAAGUGGAUGUUAAAGGCCCCAAAACUGGAUUUGAAAUGCCCAAAAUAAAAAUGCCAGAAUUUGGCUUCAGACGACCAAAGGUGGAGGGUCCUGACGUUGACAUAAACCUUCCGAAGGCCAAUAUUGAUAUCAAGGUCCCUGAUGUUGAUGUGAGUCUCCCCAAAGCUGACGUAGACAUCAAGGGUCCAGAUGUAGAUGUUGAAGUACCGGAUGUUGACAUUGGAAGUCCAGGUUGGAAGAUCAAGGGACCAAAAAUGAAGAUGCCAAGGAUCUCCAUGCCAGAUGUGGAUUUUCAUCUGAAAGGCCAUAAACCCAAAGCGGAUAUUGAUCUUUCAGUACCAAAUGUUGAGGGAGGUAUUGAAUUGCCGGAAGGAGACAUUAAAGGCCCCAAAGUUGAUAUCAAGGGCCCCAAAACUGGAUUUGAAAUGCCCAAAAUGCGAAUGCCAGAUUUUGGAUUUAAAGGUCCAAAAUUGGAGGGUCCUGACGUUGACAUCAACCUUCCCAAGGGCAAUAUUGAUGUCAGUAUCCCUGAUGUUGAUGUCAGUCUCCCCAAAGCUGACAUUGACAUCAAGGGGCCAGAUGUAGAUGUUGAAGUACCAGAUGUGAACAUUGGCAGUCCCGGUUGGAACAUCAAAGGACCAAAACUGAAGAUGCCCAAAAUCUCAGGCCCCAAUAUCAACAUGCCAAAUUUGGAUUUUAAAAUGAAAGGACCUAAAGUCAAAGGUGAUGUUGAUGUUUCAGUACCAAAUAUUGAGGGAGGUAUUGAUUUGCCGGAAGGAGACAUUAAAGGCCCCAAAAUUGACAUUAAGGGCCCCAAAACUGGAUUUACAAUGCCCAAAAUACAAAUGCCAGAAUUCGGCUUCAAAGGUCCAAAACUGGAGGGUCCUGACAUUGACAUCAACCUUCCCAAGGCCAAUAUUGAUGUCAGUGUCCCUGAAGUUGAUGUCAGUCUCCCCAGAGCAGACCUAGACGUCAAGGGGCCUGAUGUAGAUGUUGAAGUACCAGAUGUGGACAUUGGCAGUCCCGGUUGGAAGAUCAAGGGACCAAAAAUGAAGAUGCCCAAAAUUUCAGGCCCAAAUAUCAACAUGCCUGAAGUUGAUUUCCAUCUGAAAGGCCCUAAAGUCAAAGGUGAUGUUGCAGUACCAAAUAUUGAGGGAGGUAUUGAAUUGCCGGAAGGAGACAUUAAAGGCCCCAAAAUUGACAUUAAGGGCCCCAAAACUGGAUUUACAAUGCCCAAAAUACAAAUGCCAGAAUUUGGCUUCAAAGGUCCAAAACUGGAGGGUCCUGACAUUGACAUCAACCUUCCCAAGGCCAAUAUGGAUGUAAGUGUCCCUGAAGUUGAUGUCAGUCUCCCCAGAGCUGACCUAGACAUCAAGGGGCCUGAUGUAGAUGUUGAAGUACCAGAUGUGGACAUUGGCAGUCCCGGUUGGAAGAUCAAAGGACCAAAAAUGAAGAUGCCCAAAAUUUCAGGCCCAAAUAUCAACAUGCCUGAAGUUGAUUUCCAUCUGAAAGGCCCUAAAGUCAAAGGUGAUGUUGAUGUUUCAGUACCAAAUAUUGAGGGAGGUAUUGAAUUGCCAGAAGGGGACAUUAAAGGCCCCAAAAUUGACAUUAAGGGCCCCAAAACUGGAUUUGAAAUGCCAAAAAUACGAAUGCCGGAUUUCGGCUUUAAAGGUCCAAAAUUGGAGGGUCCUGAUGUUGACGUCAACCUUCCCAAGUCCAAUAUUAACGUUAACGUCCGUAACGUUGAUGUCAGUCUCCCUAAAACUGACAUAGACAUCAAGGGGCCAGAUGUAAAUGUUGAAGUGCCAGAUGUGGACAUUGGCAGUCCUGGUUGGAAGAUCAAGGGACCAAAGAUGAAGAUGCCCAAAAUCUCAGGCCCAAAUAUCAACAUGCCUGAAGUGGAUUUCCAUCUGAAAGGCCCUAAAGUCAAAGGUGAUAUUGAUGUUUCAGUUCCAAAUAUUGAGGGAGGUAUUGAAUUGCCAGAAGGUGACAUUAAAGGCCCCAAAGUUGAUAUUAAGGGCCCCAAAACUGGAUUUGAAAUGCCCAAAAUACGAAUGCCAGACUUUGGCUUUAAAGGUCCAAAGCUGGAGGGUCCUGACGUUGACAUCAACCUUCCCAAGGGCAAUAUUGAUGUCAGUAUCCCUGAUGUUGAUGUCAGUCUCCCCAAAGCUGACAUUGACAUCAAGGGGCCAGAUGUAGAUGUCGAAGUACCAGAUGUGGACAUUGGCAGUCCCGGUUGGAAGCUCAAGGGACCAAAAAUGAAGAUGCCCAAAAUCUCAGGCCCAAAUAUCAACUUGCCAAAUUUGGAUUUUAAAAUGAAAGGACCUCAAGUCAAAGGUGAUGUCGAUGUUUCAGUACCAACUAUUGAGGGCGAUAUUGAAUUGCCGGAAGGAGACAUUAAAGGCCCCAAAAUUGACAUGAAGGGCCCCAAAACUGGAUUUGAAAUGCCCAAAAUGCGAAUGCCAGAUUUUGGAUUUAAAGGUCCAAAAUUGGAGGGUCCUGACGUUGACAUCAACCUUCCCAAGGGCAAUAUUGAUGUCAGUCUCCCCAAAGCUGACAUUGACAUCAAGGGGCCAGAUGUAGAUGUUGAAGUACCAGAUGUGAACAUUGGCAGUCCCGGUUGGAACAUCAAAGGACCAAAACUGAAGAUGCCCAAAAUCUCAGGCCCCAAUAUCAACAUGCCAAAUUUGGAUUUUAAAAUGAAAGGACCUAAAGUCAAAGGUGAUGUUGAUGUUUCAGUGCCAAAUAUUGAGGGAGGUAUUGAAUUGCCAGAAGGAGACAUUAAAGGCCCCAAAAUUGACAUUAAGGGCCCCAAAACUGGAUUUGAAAUGCCAAAAAUCAGCAUGCCAAAAUUUGGCUUCAAAGACACGAAACUGGAGGGUCCUGACGUUGACAUCAACCUUCCCACAGGGAAGGUUGAUGUUAACGUCCCUAACGUUGAUGUCAGUCUCCCCAAAACUGACAUAGACAUCAAGGGUCCAGAUGUAAAUGUUGAAGUGCCAGAUGUGGACAUUGGCAGUCGUGGUUGGAAGAUCAAGGGACCAAAAAUGAAGAUGCCCAACAUCUCAGGCCCAAGUAUCAACAUGCCUGAAGUAGAUUUCCAUCUCAAAGGCACUAAAGUCAAAGGUGAUAUUGAUGUUUCAGUCCCAAACAUUGAGGGAGGUAUUGAAUUGCCAGAAGGUGACAUUAAAGGCCCCAAAAUUGACAUUAAGGGCCCCAAAACUGGAUUUACAAUGCCCAAAAUACAUAUGCCAGAAUUUGGCUUUAAAGGUCCAAAACUGGAGGGUCCCGACAUUGACAUCAACCUUCCCAAGGCCAAUAUUGAUGUCAGCGUCCCUGAUGUUGAUGUCAGUCUCCCCAAAGCUGACGUAGACAUCAAGGGGCCAGAUGUAGAUGUCGAAGUACCAGAUGUAGACAUUGGCAGUCCCGGUUGGAAGAUCAAGGGACCAAAAAUGAAGAUGCCCAAAAUCUCAGGACCAAAUAUUUCUAUGCCUGAUGUGGAUUUCCACCUUAAAGGUCAUAAACUUAAAGGUGAUGAUGUAACAUUACCAAAUAUCGAGGGAGAAAUAAAAACUCCAGGCAUUGAAAUUAAAGGUCCCAAAGUUGACAUUAAGAGUCCCAAGAGUGGUUUUGGAUUACCAAAGUUUAAAAUGCCAGACUUCGGCUUUAAAUCUAAAAAACUGGAAAGCCCUGACAUCAACAUAAAACCCCCAAAGGCUAAUAUUGACAUCAAGGGCAUGGGCAUGGAAACUCAAGGGCCUGACGUGAAUGUCAGUCUUCCAAAAGCUGAUUUGAAAAUUAAGGAUGUUGGAUUGGACAUCAAAGGACCACAUGUUGAUAUUGAAAGUCACACUGGCAACAUAAAAGGACCGAAGUUCCAGAUGCCAAAGAUCUCAGGACCAAGCAUCUCCAUGCCUGAUGUAGAUUUCCAAUUUAAAGGCUCUAAACUUAAAGGUGAUAUUGACGUGUCAGUACCAAAUAUGAAAGGAGAUAUUAACGUUCCGGAAGCGGGUGUCAAAGGCCCCAAAGUUGACAUUAAAGGCCCCAAGACUGGAUUUGAAAUGCCAAAAAUUAGUAUGCCAGAUUUUCGUUUUAAAGGUCCAAAACUGGAGGGUCCUGACGUUGACAUCAACCUUCCCAAGACCAAUAUUGAUGUCAAGGUCCCUGAUGUUGAUGUCAGUCUCCCCAGAGCUGACCUAGACAUCAAGGGGCCAGAUGUAGAUGUUGAAGUACCAGAUGUGGACAUUGGCAGUCCUGGUUGGAAGAUCAAGGGACCAAAAAUGAAGAUGCCCAAAAUCUCAGGCCCAAAUAUCAACAUGCCUGAAGUGGAUUUCCAUCUCAAAGCCCCUAAAGUCAAAGGAGAUAUUGAUGUUUCAGUACCAAAUAUUGAGGGAGGUAUUGAAUUGCCGGAAGGAGACAUUAAAGGCCCCAAAAUUGACAUUAAGGGCCCCAAAACUGGAUUUACAAUGCCCAAAAUACAUAUGCCAGAAUUUGGCUUUAAAGGUCCAAAACUGGGGGGUCCUGACAUUGACAUAAACCUUCCCAAGGGCAAUAUUGAUGUCAGCGUCCCUGAUGUUGAUGUCAGUCUCCCCAAAGUUGACGUAGACAUUAAGGGGCCAGAUGUAGAUUAUGAAGUACCAGAUGUGGACAUUGGCAGUCCCGGUUGGAAGAUCAAGGGACCAAAAAUGAAGAUGCCCAAAAUCUCAGGCCCUAAUAUAAACAUGCCUGAAGUGGAUUUUCAUCUGAAAGGCCCUAAAGUCAAAGGUGAUGUUUCAGUCCCAAAUAUUGAGGGAGGUAUUGAAUUGCCGGAAGGAGACAUUAAAGGCCCCAAAAUAGACAUUAAGGGCCCCAAAACUGGAUUUACAAUGCCCAAAAUACAUAUGCCAGAAUUUGGCUUUAAAGGUCCAAAACUGGAGGGUCCUGACAUUGACAUCAACCUUCCCAAGGGCAAUAUGAAUGUCAGCGUCCCAGAUGUUGAUGUCAGUCUCCCCAAAGUUGACGUAGACAUUAAGGGGCCAGAUGUAGAUGUUGAAGUACCAGAUGCGGACAUUGGCAGUCCCGGUUGGAAGCUCACAGGACCAAAAAUGAAGAUGCCCAAAAUCUCAGGCCCAAAUAUCAACAUGCCAAAUUUGGAUUUUAAAAUGAAAGGUCCUAAAGUGAAAGGUGAUGUUGAUGUUUCAGUUCCAAAUAUUGAGGGAGGUCUUGAAUUGCCGGAAGGAGACAUUAAAGGCCCCAAAAUUGACAUUAAGGGCCCUAAAACUGGAUUUACAAUGCCCAAAAUACAAAUGCCAGAAUUUGGAUUUAAAGGUCCAAACCUGGACGGUCCUGACUUUGACAUCAACCUUCCCAAGGGCAAUAUUGAUGUCAGUAUCCCUGAUGUUGAUGUCAGUCUCCCCAAAGCUGACAUUGACAUCAAGGGGCCAGAUGUAGAUGUUGACGUACCAGAUGUGAACAUUGGCAGUCCCGGUUGGAACAUCAAAGGACCAAAACUGAAGAUGCCCAAAAUCUCAGGCCCCAAUAUCAAUAUGCCAAAUUUGGAUUUCAAAAUGAAAGGACCUAAAUUCAAAGGUGAUGUUGAUGUUUCAGUACCAAAUAUUGAGGGAGGUAUUGAAAUGCCGGAAGGAGACAUUAAAGGCCCCAAAAUUGACAUUAAGGGCCCAAAGACUGGAUUUACAAUGCCCAAAAUACAAAUGCCAGAAUUUGGCUUUAAAGGUCCAAAACUGGAGGGUCCUGACAUUGACAUCAACCUUCCCAAGGGCAAUAUUGAUGUCAGCGUCCCUGAUGUUGAUGUCAGUCUCCCCAAAGUCGACGUAGACAUUAAGGGGCCAGAUGUAGAUGUUGAAGUACCAGAUGUGGACAUUGGCAGUCCCGGUUGGAAGAUCAAGGGACCAAAGAUGAAGAUGCCAAAAAUCUCAGGCCCAAAUAUCAACAUGCCAAAUUUGGAUUUCAAAAUGAAAGGACCUAAAGUCAAAGGGGACGUUGAUGUUUCAGUACCAAAUAUUGAGGGAGAUGUUGAAUUGGCGGAAGGAGACAUUAAAGGCCCCAAAAUUGACAUUAAGGGCCCUAAAACUGGAUUUACAAUGCCCAAAAUACAAAUGCCAGAAUUUGGCUUUAAAGGUCCAAACCUGGAGGGUCCUGACAUUGACAUUAAACUUCCCAAGGGCAAUAUUGAUGUCAGUAUCCCUGAUGUUGAUGUCAAUCUCCCCAAAGCUGACAUAGACAUCAAGGGGCCAGAUGUAGAUGUUGAAUUACCAGAUAUCGAUAUUGGCAGUCCUGGUUGGAAGAUCAAGGGACCAAAAAUGAAAAUGCCAAAAAUCUCAGGCCCAAAUAUCAAUAUGCCAAAUUUGGAUUUCAAAAUGAAAGGACCUAAAGUCAAAGGUGAUGUUGAUGUUUCAGCACCAAAUAUCGAGGGAGGUAUUGAAAUGCCGGAAGGAGACAUUAAAGGCCCCAAAAUUGACAUUAAGGGCCCCAAAACUGGAUUUACAAUGCCCAAAAUACAUAUGCCAGAAUUUGGCUUUAAAGGUCCAAAACUGGAGGGUCCUGACAUUGACAUCAACCUUCCCAAGGGCAAAAUGGAUGUCAGCGUCCCUGAAGUUGAUGUCAGUCUCCCCAAAGUUGAUGUAGACAUUAAGGGGCCAGAUGUAGAUGUUGGAGUACCAGAUGUGGACAUUGGCAGUCCCGGUUGGAAGAUCAAGGGACCAAAGAUGAAGAUGCCAAAAAUCUCAGGCCCAAAUAUACACAUGCCAAAUUUGGAUUUUAAAAUGAAAGGACCUAAAGUCAAAGGGGAUGUUGAUGUUUCAGUACCAACUAUUGAGGGAGAUAUUGAAUUGCCGGAAGGAGACAUUAAAGGGCCCAAAAUUGACAUUAAGGGCCCCAAAACUGGAUUUGAAAUGCCCAAAAUACAAAUGCCAGAAUUUGGCUUUAAAGGUCCAAAACUAGAGGGUCCUGACAUUGACAUUAAACUUCCCAAGGGCAAUAUUGAUGUCAGUAUACCUGAUGUUGAUGUCAGUCUCCCCAAAGCUGACAUUGACAUCAAGGGGCCAGAUGUAGAUGUUGAAGUACCAGAUGUGAACAUUGGCAGUCCCGGUUGGAACAUCAAAGGACCAAAACUGAAGAUGCCCAAAAUCUCAGGCCCCAAUAUCAACAUGCCAAAUUUGGAUUUCAAAAUGAAAGGACCUAAAGUCAAAGGUGAUGUUGAUGUUUCAGUACCAAAUAUUGAGGGAGGUAUUGAAUUGCCGGAAGGAGACUUUAAAGGCCCCAAAAUUGACAUUAAGGGCCCCAAAACUGGAUUUACAAUGCCCAAAAUACAUAUGCCAGAAUUUGGCUUUAAAGGUCCAAAAUUGGAGGGUCCUGACAUUGACAUCAACCUUCCCAAGGGCAAUAUGGAUGUCAGCGUCCCAGAUGUUGAUGUCAGUCUCCCCAAAGUUGACGUAGACAUUAAGGGGCCAGAUGUAGAUGUUGAAGUACCAGAUGUGGACAUUGGCAGUCCCGGUUGGAAGCUCAAAGGACCAAAAAUGAAGAUGCCCAAAAUCUCAGGCCCAAAUAUCAAUAUGCCAAAUUUGGAUUUCAAAAUGAAAGGACCUAAAAUCAAAGGUGAUGUUGAUGUUUCAGUACCAAAUAUUGAGGGAGGUAUUGAAUUGCCAGAAGGAGACAUCAAAGGCCCCAAAAUUGACAUUAAGGGCCCCAAAACUGGAUUUGAAAUGCCCAAAAUACGAAUGCCAGACUUUGGCUUUAAAGGUCCAAAACUGGAAGGUCCUGACGUUGACAUCAACCUUCCCAAGGCCAAUAUUGAUGUCACUCUCCCUAAAGCUAACGUAGACAUUAAAGGUCCAGAUCUUGAUGUUGAAGUACCUGAUGUUGACAUUGAUAGCCCCGGUGCAAAGAUCAAGGGGCAGAAAUUCAAAAUGCCAAAAGUCUCAGGACCUAACAUUACCAUGCCAAGUCUGGAUUUAUCUUUGAAAGGCCCUCAUCUUAAAAGUGAUAUAGAUAUGUCAGUACCUAACAUUGAGGGAGAUAUAAAUCCAUCAAAAUUGGAAAUUACAAGUCCCAAAAUUGACAUUCAGGGUCCGAAAAGUGGAUUUGCAUUACCAAAAUUAGAAAUGCCAGAAUUUGGGUUCAAAAGUCACAACGUAGCGGGUCCUCAAGUUGACAUGAGCCUCCCCAAAUUUCAGGGUGACCUCGAAGGAAACAUCCAUUUGCCAAAAGCUGAGCUUGAUGUGCAUGAUGUUACUGUUGAUGUUCCAGGCUUCAGCACUAAAAAAUCUAAAUUCAAAAUGCCCAAAUUUGGUUUCAGGGGCCCAAAGGUAAAGAACCCAGAAAUUGAUUUGAAACAGACACAUGGAAAUAUCAACAUCAAAGGAAAGACUGGUAGUAUUGAGGGACUGGAUGCAGACAUGGAUGUAACAGGCCCCAAAAUAAAAGGAUCCAAAUUUAAAAUGCCAAAAUUUGGUUUUAAGGUCCCUAAGGUGGAAAUUCCAGGAGCUGAUCUUAAUAUGACUAAGGCCAGUGGAGAAAUACAAUUUCCAGAUGUUGACAUUGAAGGACCCGAAAUAAAAAGUGGAGAUGCUGAUGUAAAAAUCAAAGGAGGAAAGCUCAAAAUGCCAUCUCUUUCAGGAACAAAAUUUUCUCUUCCUGAUGUUGAUUUUGGUAUUGAAAGUCCAAAGGUCAAUGUUAAUACAGACAUGUCACUUCCGAAGGCUGACAUAGAUUUAAAAGUACCAAGCGCUGAUGUAAAAGGUCCAAACCUUCCCAAGGCUGCUUUUGAUGUCAAUGUCCCUAAGGUAGAUAUUGAGGGGGCGGAUAUUGAUUUGAGUCUACCCAAAGCUGAUGUGACAAUUAGGGGACCCAGUGUGGAUUUUGAAGGACCAGAAGUUGAUGUUGACAGUUCCAGAGGGAAGAUCAAGGCACCCAAAUUCAAGAUGCCAAAAAUCUCUGGACCAAAUGUCACUAUUCCCAAUUUUGAUUUGGAUCUGAAAGGCCCUAAACUCAAAGGGGAUGUAGAUUUGUCAGUACCCAAUUGUGAGGCAGAUAUUGACAUCCAAGAUUCAAAUGUUAAGGGUGAAUUUGAAAUUCCUAGAUUAAAAUUGCCACAAUUUGGCUUCAAAGGUCCAAAUCUGGAGGGCCCUGAUGUUGACUUAAACAUUCCCAAGGCCAAUAUUGAUGUCAAAGGCCCUGAAGUUGAACUCCAAAACCCAGAAGUAGAUGUCAAUCUCCCCAAAGCUAAUUUCGACAUUAAGAGUCCAAAAUUCGGUUUGCCAAAAAUCACAGGUCCGAAUAUCAACAUGCCCAAGUUCAACGUAAAAGGUCCUAAAUUUGAAGGUGAUGUAAAUGUAUCAGUGCCAAAUAUUGAGGGAGACAUUGAAGCACCAAAAUUUGGUGUCAAAAGCUCAAAUCUUGACAUUAAAGGGCCCAAGACUCGAUAUGAAUUACCAAAAUUCAGUAUGCCAGAGUUAGGCUUUAAAGAUCCAAACCUGGAGGGCCCUGACAUUGACAUCAAACUUCCCAGGGCUAAUAUUGACAUCAAAGUCCCUGAGGUUGAUCUCCAAGGGCCAGAAGUUGGAAUAAAUCUCCCCAAAGCUGGUUGGAACAUUAAGGGCCCAACAUUGGAAAGUGAAGUACCGGAUGUUAACAUUGAGAGUCCAAGUGGAAAGAUCAAAGGUUCUAUGGGUGGAUUUGAAAUUCCUAGAUUAAAAAUGCCGCAGUUUGGCUUUGCCGGUCCAAAACUGGAGGGCCCUGACAUUGAAAUCAACCACCCCAAAGCUAAUAUUGAUGUCCAAGCCUCCGAGUUUGGCUUGAAAGGUCAUGUUGAAGGACCAGAUGUUGACAUUGAUACCGCCAGUGGUAAGAUCAAGGGACCAAAAUUAAAGAUGCCCAAAAUCUCAGGCCCAAACAUCUCCAUGCCAAAAGGUAAUUUAACUUCUGACCUAAAAGGUGACAUUGAUAUGUCAGCAUCAAAUUUUGAUGGCAAAAUCAAGGCACCCCAAUUGGAUAUCAAUGUUCCAAAAGUCAAGGGACCAACAGGUGCAUUUGAGAGUUCAAACAUGAAAGGUGAUUUGUCAUAUCCUGAUAUAGAUGUUAGCAUAAAGGGGAAGAAGGGUAAAUUUAAACUUCCUAAAGUGACAGGAAAGCCAAAAAAGCCAGACUUUGACACAGAGACACCAUCAAUUGAUGUAACAGCAGGAACAUCUGAUAUUAAUGUCCAAAGAUCAAAAGUGAAAAAGCCCAUUUUUGGUAAACUUCAAUUUCCUGACGUAGAACUUGACAUCAAAUCCCCAAAACUCAAAGGUGACGGCUCUUUAUCUGAGGAAUUGAAAUCCCCUACUCUAGAGUUUGAGGGUUCUGCUCCCAGUAGUUCAAAUAUCAGUUGCGAAGGCUUGGAUGUGAAAUUAAAGACUCCCCAGAUCAAAAUACCAGAAAUCGAAAUUUCUCCUGCUGGCGGCACAUUUAGAGGCCUUCAGUUUCCUGAAGGUACAGUGACAUUUCCCAAGCUCAAGGUACCACAAUUUGGUUUUAGCCUGCCCCAAAUUGGGCGCCAGGAGGGUGACGGAAAGGUUGCGGCAAAUGUUGCAGCCAGUGGAGAGCUUCAGUGCUCACAGGAUAUUGCAGUUUCCAAUCCAGAAAUAAGGCAAAGUGAAGGAAAGAUAAAGGUGAAGGUACCAAAUUUCUUUGGCAAAUCAAAAGCAAAGGGCAGGAGUGCAGGGGACCUUCGAGGAACAGAUGUAAACCUGAGUACGGGUGGAAAAGGAGCGGUCUCUAAAGAUUUCAGUGUACACAGUGGAGAAGGAAAAUUACAAUUUGAGGGUGAUGCUGGACUCAGUGUUUCACCCAAAAGCAAGUCAGCGUCACUGGAUCUUUUCAAGAAGUCAAGGCAUCCAUCUCCCUCUUUGAGCGAUGAGGGGGGGCUUGCAGUUGCUUCCCCUUCAGGGCACCUAGAAGCAGAGGGCAGUGAUAUUUCAUUAGAUCUAAGCGGAGCCAAAGUCAAAGGAAAGAAAGGCAAGUUGAAGUUUGGCACCUUUGGAGGUUUCGGUUCCAAGUCAAAGGGCUCGUAUGAAGUGACGUAUGGUGAAAGCAGUGAAGCAGGAGUGGAAGGUAGUGCAGGUGUGUCAUUGGACACCCCAAAAUCAAGAUUGUCCUCAUCAUCCAGCAAUGAUAGUGCGUCAAAGGCUGCUCUCAAGUUCCCGAAAAUUGAACUGUCUGUAUCACCCAAAAAUUAUUAAAUUGACAAUGACCUUAACUCGAGCUCCAAAAGACAUUCUCUCCAUCCAGAUAUAUGAGAUACCAAAUGUAUACUAUUUUCAAACUUCAAUUUGGUAAUUCAGAGAAUAAAUGCAGCCAUCUCAUUUUUAAAUUUACCAGUAAUAGCCAGAAACGAGAGGGAUAUUUAAAAGCCCUAUCAAACUGUAAAUAAAAUGUAUUGUGAUAAAUAUUGUUUUCCUGUACAUAGUCAAAAUUUAUUGCGAAUAUACCAUCUCAACAAAUAUUCCACUUACCGGUAUUAUUUUGUCCUGCUUCAUUCAAUUAAAUGUUCUUCAUGAAUGGUUGUGGUAUAAUUUUAUGCAUGGUCUGUUUUGCUGAACAGCCACAGUUGUUAUUUUGAAGGAAUGUAGUUUAUACAGUUAAACACAAUUAUAAACAGUUUCCAGUUUUAGUUUGAAGCUUUCAUUUUUGUAUUAUCAGUCAUUUGUGCAUCUUAAAGCUGGGCCUGCAUAACAUACUCUAAGUUUGGUGAUGUUUUAUAGAUCUUAAUUGCACAGAUAUGUCACUAUGUUUAGAAGCUCAUAUCUUUUCAGCGCACCUUGUCAUCCUUGAAAGACUGUCCACAUUUGCUCUUCAGCUGUUUUUUAAAAAAAAAAUCUGUUUAUUGUACAGUUUGCCUGGUCAACCUUUACACCCUUCAUACAACAUUAAAUGUCAUCAAUAAUAAAUGUCAUUGAUGGUGUGUUAAGAAAAACUUUAUUCAGAGAAAUUUGAUCCGAUAUGUGCAGACAGAGUGUGAAUUGUGUUUUUCCUUUUGUGUGCAUUCUGUCUGAUAAACUAAUUAAAAUGUAUAGAAUGUA